CGAGCCUUUAAAAACAAGCAAAUGAGCUCUUACUUUGUUAACUCGUUUUCAGGGCGCUAUCCGAAUGGCUCCGACUAUCAGUUACUAAAUUAUGGGACUAACGGCACUGUGAACGGUACGUUCAGGGACCCUGGCACCAUGCACUCUGGGUCUUUCGGAUGCAACUACAAUGGCAUGGACCUAACCGUAAAUCGCCCCGACACUGGUAGCCACUUCGCGGCUGUUGGAGAGGAUACCCGUGGUUUUCCGUCCACUGGCCCGGAUGCCCGAUACAGAUUGCCGACCUGCUCGCUUUCGUCUCCAGAUCCCCUUCCUUGCGUCAACCGCGAGUCUUUGGAACUAAAAAGCCCCUCUCCUCCACCUGACCGGAGCACGACCUCGAUCGCCAACAAUAAUCUCAACAAAGGCAACAGUCAUUUUACAGAGAUAGAGGAUACCAGCAUUGUCUCUGAGACCGAGGAAGGCGCGCACACAAGCAGUACCAGCAGCAUGGCUGCCCGGGCACAACAACUACAACAGGAGUCCAAUAACGCAACCUCCACGACAAUCUCAAACGAUUGCCAAACGCCGCAAAUAUUCCCAUGGAUGCGGAAACUGCACAUUAACCAUGAAAUGGCUGGACCAGAUGGGAAAAGGGCCCGUACAGCGUAUACCCGCUACCAGACGCUAGAGCUGGAGAAAGAAUUUCACUUCAAUAGAUACCUAACCCGGAGGAGGAGAAUAGAGAUAGCCCACACGUUGUGCCUCACGGAACGACAAAUAAAAAUCUGGUUUCAGAAUCGAAGGAUGAAAUGGAAGAAAGACAAUAAACUGAAAAGUAUGAGCCUGGUUACAGGAGGUAGCGCGUUCCAUAACUGAGCUCGAACUGCAAGUGAUAAGGGGGACAUCCGGAGUACUGUAAGCUACAGCGCAGCACCUUUCAGCAUGUUGUUGUGAUUUUAGACAAAAAAAUAUUCUGUGGUCUUUAACAGACGUUUAGUUUGACGUUGUGUUACGGUAGCCUGUAGUUAUCUUUGGAACUAGAAAAAGGUUAGACUCAUUGUCUAAGGG